AUGUCAAUGAUAAUUGCUCAAACUCCUAAAACUUAUUUCGGUUCUGACAUUCAAAAAUCAUUAAGUUCUCUUCCUGGAUUUCCAUGGGCAAAAUACCCCGGAGAAAAACAUCUUCCUGGUCAUAAUUAUACUGGUCCAGAUACUAAAAAACCUAACACAACAGCGUGGAUAAAUAAAGCAAAACCUUACUUUGUGGAUCAAAUUGGAGACAAACUUCAAGGUGAUUUAGAUAUGAAUAAUUUUACCAUAACUAAUUUAAAGUUACCAGAAAAUGAUUAUGAUGCUGUUCACAAGAAAUAUUUAAUGGAUCAAUUAAAUUUGAUUAAAGUAAAUAAAGAACAUUUAAAAGAAAGAACAGGCGAUGUGAAAGAUGAUAAGAUUACAAAACAAAAAAUAGAUCUUAAACAACUAAUAGCCAAUAUUAAUCCAGGUAUAAGUGAAGAUAAAUUAACAACAUUAGAAACAAAACUUAUUGAUAAUAGUGAAAUACGAAAACAAAGAGUUGGUAUUAAACAACAAUUACUUAAUGUAGUAGAUAAAACUCAAUUAGAAAAUUUAAAAUUAUUAAUAUCUAAAUUAGAUGAUUAG